ACAUAGACCUGAGAGUCCGAUUUAUGCCCAUGCCAUGCUAUACCGACCACCAGUACACUACACACCCUGUCAAAAAGGAACGAAUCUAUCUUCUAAUAUAAUACUUGUAUCUAUCUGUAUCUACAAAGAAACUUCAACUAACAAGUCGUCUUCUUCCUCUCUCUCUCUCUCUCUAGAUCAGAAUUGCCUUGUAAGAACUGUCAAACAAAACUCAGUAGAGAGAGAGAGAGAGAAUUGUGGAGGAGAAAUGGGGGUUCCAACGGUGGGUAUUGAUGUGCUGAGUGAUAGGGCGGCCAUGAUGAGAGAGUCGUUGCUAAAGAGCCAAUCCAUCACUGACUCCGCCGUCUCCGUCCUUGGCUCCUUCGAUCACCGCCUCUCCGCUCUCGAGACCGCCAUGCGUCCCACUCAGAUUAGGACACAUGCAAUUCGGAAAGCUCAUGAGAACAUUGAUAAGACUUUGAAGGCUGCAGAGGUUAUAUUGGAUCAAUUUGAUCUUUUUCGUCAGGUGGAGGCUAAAAUACUUAAAGGUCCUCGUGAAGACCUGGAAAGUUAUCUUGAAGCAAUCGAGCAGUUAAGAAGCAGCAUUCGAUUUUUCAGCAACAACAAAAGCUUUAAGAGUAGUGAUGGGGUACUCAACCAUACAAAUAGUUUACUUUCUAAGGCUAUUUCAAAGUUGGAAGAGGAGUUCAAGCAACUCUUGUCAUCCUACAGCAAACCGGUGGAACCUGAACGUCUUUUUGAAUGCCUCCCAAGUGAAUUGCGGCCGUCACCAGAAUCACCAGGAAACCAAGGAAAUUCUAAUGGCAAGAAUAGUCACACUGAACACCACAACCAUAACCUGGAAAAUGCUGUUUACACGCUUCCUACUCUCAUAUUACCUCGGAUUUUACCAUUGCUACAUAAUUUAGCCCAACAAAUGGUUAAAGCUGGUCACCAACAGCAAUUGCUGAAAAUAUACAGGGAUACCCGUUCUUCAGUUUUGGAAGAAAGCCUUCUCAAAUUGGGAGUUGAAAAACUUAGCAAAGAUGAUGUUCAGAAGAUGCAGUGGGAGGUUUUGGAGGCUAAGAUUGGGAAUUGGAUUCAUUUCAUGCGGAUUGCUGUCAAACUAGUGUUUGCUGGGGAACGAAAAGUCUGCAAUCAUAUGUUUGAAGGCAUCGAUUCUCUCAGGGAUCAAUGUUUUGCUGAAGUUACAGCAAGUAGUGUUGCUGUGCUACUUAGUUUUGGAGAGGCGAUUGCCAAAAGCAAGAGAUCACCUGAAAAGUUAUUUGUGCUUUUAGACAUGUAUGAAAUAAUGCGAGAACUUCACUCCGAGAUUGAAACGCUUUUCAAAGGUAAAGCUUGUAGUGAAAUUAGGGAAUCUGCAUUGAGUUUGAUGAAGCAGCUUGCCCAGACAGCCCAAGAGACCUUUGGUGAUUUUGAAGAAGCGGUUGAAAAGGAUGCAACAAAAACUGCUGUGUUGGAUGGAACUGUUCAUCCUUUGACAAGCUAUGUCAUUAACUAUGUGAAGUUUUUAUUUGACUAUCAAUCAACCUUGAAGCAACUUUUUCAAGAAUUUGAGAAUGGAGGGGAAACAAAUUCUCAGUUGGCUUCUGUAACAAUGCGAAUAAUGCAGGCACUUCAAACCAAUUUGGAUGGGAAGUCAAAGCAGUAUAAGGAUCCUGCUCUGAAUAACUUGUUUCUAAUGAACAAUAUUCACUACAUGGUCAGAUCUGUAAGGAGGUCCGAAGCAAAAGAUUUGUUAGGAGAUGAUUGGGUCCAAAGACACAGGAGGAUUGUGCAGCAACAUGCAAAUCAGUAUAAGCGGAUUGCUUGGGCAAAGAUUCUGCAGUGCCUCUCUGUACCAGGCCUGAACUCAUCUGGGGGUAGUGGUAAUUCAGUUGGUGGUGAUGGAGGAAACAGUAGUGGAGCUUCAAGAACAAUAGUUAAAGACAGGUUGAAGACGUUCAAUAUCCAGUUUGAGGAGCUUCAUCAAAGACAGUCUCAAUGGACAGUUCCUGACACUGAGUUGCGUGAAUCUCUGAAGCUUGCAGUUGCUGAAGUCUUGUUGCCAGCGUACAGAUCUUUCAUCAAACGCUUUGGGCUUUUGGUUGAGAAUGGUAAGAACCCCCAGAAGUAUAUCAGAUAUACGGCAGAGGAUCUUGACCGAAUGCUCGGUGAAUUUUUUGAGGGGAUGAGUUUAAAUGAACCUAAGCGGUAGAUUCUGGCUUGAUCAAGUUGGUGGGGGAUAUAUUGGUCUUUUCGUUCACUACAAUAACCGUUAUGGAGGUCCCCUUUGUGCAAAUUUUCUUCAGUGCAGUGGUGGUAUCCUCUCUCAAUGCAGUGAUGAGAUGGGCAUGCCUACAACAUUUCAUCUACGUGUUACCAGGAAAAUAAGGAAAUUUUUUAGAAAUAAAUAAAGUAGGCGGCGGCACUAUAUGCAUUUGCUUUGUGAAAUGGGGGAAGCCUUUUGUAUCCUUAGUUGUUAUGUAUUUGUGAAAGCUUUGUGAGCUUUGUAUAAAUGACACUUACAGUGAUUUUUCCAGUUCUUAUCUGAAAUCAUGUGAUUUUAUUU